CACACACCGGUCAGCUUGGAACGAGUGAUGAUGUCUCCGUGCAUGUCCUCUCACAAUUUCAUUCCUUGAGACGUUUCAGAAAACUGUCAGUACGCACAGAUAUUUGGUGAUAAUGAAGAAAUAAACCACUUCCUGAUCACUCAACCUCUACAAACUGUCUCAAACCAAAAGGGCCAUUGAACCCAAACACUCUUCGAACUCUUUUUAAAAAACUGUGACUUUUCCCAGACCCCGGCCCUGCCCUUCCAGCCCGCCGAUCUAAAAGACAUUCCACCCCUCGCCCUUGUUCUCUUUAUCAAAUGCCCAAAAACAGCAAGGCCGUCAAGAGAGAGCUUGACGACGAUGUCACAGAGUCUGUCAGAGACCUGCUUUCCAACGAGGACGCCUGCGACGAUUCCUUCAAGAAGACCUCGCUGAUCGUCAACAACCAUGAAGGGGAAGGGAAAGAGUGCGAUGUGGAGGAAGGGGGCUCUGACGGCGAGGAGGAGGAACGCCCGGCCUGGAACAGCAAGCUCCAGUACAUCCUGGCCCAGGUUGGCUUCUCUGUAGGCCUGGGCAACGUCUGGAGGUUUCCCUAUCUGUGUCAGAAGAACGGAGGGGGAGCGUACCUGGUGCCCUAUCUCAUCCUGCUUAUACUGAUCGGCAUCCCGCUGUUCUUCUUGGAGCUUGCAGUGGGACAAAGGAUCCGCAGGGGCAGCAUUGGGGUGUGGAACUACAUCAGCCCUCGGCUGGGGGGCAUCGGUUUUGCCAGCUGUGUGGUGUGCUUCUUUGUGGCCCUCUACUACAAUGUCAUCAUUAGCUGGAGUCUCUUCUACUUCUCCCAGUCCUUCCAGCAGCCUCUGCCAUGGCAUGAGUGUCCUCUUGUCAAGAACAAGACCAGUACAUAUGUGGUGCCAGAGUGUGAGAAGAGCUCGGCUACCACCUACUACUGGUACCGUCAGGCCCUGGACAUCUCUGACAGCAUCUCUGAGGGUGGAGGACUCAACUGGAAGAUGACGUUGUGCCUGCUGGCUGCCUGGUCCAUGGUUUGCCUCGCCAUGAUCAAGGGCAUCCAGUCUUCUGGGAAGGUGAUGUACUUCAGCUCUCUGUUCCCAUAUGUUGUGCUGAUUUGCUUCUUGGUUCGGGCUCUGCUCCUGAAGGGUUCCGUGGACGGGAUCCGACACAUGUUCACACCCAAGCUGGAGAUCAUGCUGGAAGCCAAGGUGUGGCGGGAGGCAGCCACGCAGGUCUUCUUUGCUCUGGGUCUGGGCUUUGGUGGCGUCAUCGCCUUUUCCAGCUACAACAAGCGCGACAACAACUGCCACUUCGAUGCCGUCUUGGUGUCUUUUAUCAAUUUCUUCACCUCCGUGCUGGCCACCCUGGUGGUGUUUGCUGUGCUCGGCUUCAAAGCCAACAUCAUGAACAGCAAGUGUGUCGCUCUGAACACCAACAAGAUUGUGGAGUUAUUGGGGAAUGGCAUUGAACAAAGCCUUAUUCCUCACCACAUCAACCUUACUCAGGUUAGUCAGGUCAGUGCUGAAGACUACCAUCUGAUGAUAGAGAUCAUCAAAGGGGUGAAGGAGGAUGACUACCAGAAGCUGGGACUGGAAUCCUGCAGCAUUGAGGACGAGCUCAAUAAGGCAGUCCAAGGCACAGGCUUGGCCUUCAUUGCCUUCACAGAAGCAAUGACCCACUUCCCAGCCUCGCCCUUCUGGUCCGUCAUGUUCUUCCUCAUGCUGGUUAACCUCGGCCUCGGCAGCAUGUUCGGCACCAUCGAGGGCAUCCUCACUCCACUGAUAGACACUUUUAAAGUCCGAAAAGAGUUUCUUACAGUGGGAUGCUGUGUGUUGGCCUUCUCCAUCGGUCUCCUGUUUGUUCAGCGCUCAGGGAACUACUUUGUGACCAUGUUCGACGACUACUCGGCUACUCUGCCUCUGCUCAUCGUGGUCAUACUGGAGAACGUGGCAAUCGCUUGGUUCUACGGGAUCGAUAAAUUCUUUGAAGACCUGAAGGACAUGCUGGGCUUUACACCGUACCGUUUCUACUAUUACAUGUGGAAGUACAUCACGCCCAUCCUGCUGCUGGUCCUUCUGUGCUCCAGCUUAAUCCAGUUGACCAUGACGCCGCCCAGCUACAGUGCCUGGAUUCAGGAAGAGGCCGUGGAGAAGACCUUGCACUUCCCUCCAUGGGGCAUCGUGGUUUGCAUCUCCUUGGUGGUGAUGGCCAUCAUGCCCGUGCCCGUGGUCUUCGGCCUGCGUUACUUCAACAUCAUCGACGAGAACACCAGCGGCCUCUCCACCGUGUCCUACAAGAAGGGCCGCAUCAUCAAGGAGACUGUGCGGCCAGGGGAGGACGACGACACCAGCCUGAUCCAUGGCAAGUCUCCCAGCGAGGCACCCUCGCCGAUGCCCGGCAACAGCAUCUACCGCAAGCAGAGCGGCAGUGGCAGCACUGAGGCGGACACCGCACCCAACGGCCGCUACGGUAUCGGUUACUUGAUGGCCGACAUGCCGGAUAUGCCCGAGUCGGACUUAUAGACUGACAGUAAUAGUAAGCCCUGCCCGGCCACACCGGCUGGCCACCUCUCCCCUCCACCCCUCUGCGUGCGUUUAGUCGGCCGUAUCAUCAGUGUAUAUUUCACUUAUACUGUAUAUUCUCUGUAGAUAUUGUAGCUGCUCUCCUAUUUGUUGUCUCUGAACCUUACAUGACUGUCUACCUUUAAAAAAAAAGGUUUGGGAAUAAACUUGUCUAACCCUUCACCCAUUUGCUUAGCUGCAUCCCCAACUCAUCUCUAUCCCCCCUCCAGUCUUUGCUCCCUCCUCUUUGGAGAUCCUGCAGGAGAGAACAGGUGUAAGCAAUAAGGUGAACGCUCCACUAGGCCUACUUGAACAAGAAUCUGCAAAGAGGAGUUUGCAAAGGAGCAGGUCAGGGAGUCUAGAGGUCGACUUGGGACUGCGUCUGUGUCUGUGAGCAGUGUAAAUCAAGCAAGCUUCAAGUCCUGCUGUGUAAAAUGGUUGUAUACAUUAUGACCCCUAACUGUUGGCCAACAAGUACUGAGAUUAGUAGCAGUGUAGCCACUCUGGAUGACGUAAAGAUGCAAGGUCGAACAUAUUUUUCUUGGUGAAAGUUCAGGUCAACUUAGUUCAAACAGCUGGAGGAUGGCCUUUGAAAACCACUCCCGUGAUUGUCUGAGACAAAAGUGUGCCUAAGUAAUUUAUAUUUGUUUAUAGAAUACAUGAUGGACGUUGUAUAUUUAAAGUAUUCUGUAAAUAUAAUAUAAAUAUUAUAAAUAUAUUUAUCUUGCUAGUUUGGAUAUCAGAACAGUGUUUUUAAGGUUCAGAAGUACUACAAAUCCUUAACUCUCGUCUCUUUGUUUUUUACUAAUGUGCUGUCAAUGUUGAUGAGGACUGAGUCCUCCUUGUAAAUAAUUUUUCCAUGAAAUGGCUUCAAAUGCAAUGUCUUUUUCCCCGAUUAAAGAUCAAACGUGAUCCAUACACUGAAA